UUUGACCAGUUUAUCUUUCUAUACUUUCACUUUUGAUAUGCCAUGGUUUCCUUUUACAGGCUUGAAUUAUUUUUUCCCUAAGAAUUUUAGUAAGUUCAUUAAAGAUUAAGCCCAUAUAAAGUGAUAGCAAAUAUAAAAGUGGUAGGUGCAAAAAACCCGAAUUGCACCAUUACAACACAGCAAUAUAAAAGACCUACUUUCACUUUUGAAAUUCAACUUGAAGUGUUGUGAAUGCUGACAAAGCAAAAUGCAAGUCUUUCUUUUCGUCAUGGCUUUCUUUAAUACCAUCCUUGCAGCAGAAGAACAUGCAUACCAGCAAUUCAUUGGAUGUGCAUUUAACAAUGAAGGGCAAGUAAGCCAUUUCUGGCGCUAUGGGUAUGAUGGCAGAGACAUCAUGCAUGUGGAUUUGGCGAAGGAAGCUGUGGUUGCUACCAGUGAACCUGGUCAGCUUUUAGCAGAAGAGAGAAAGAGCAAAGAAUACAUUAAGAGAAAAGAGGCACGACUAGUAAAGGUGUGUUCUGCAGUGAAAACUGUCUUCCUAAAGUCCAACAACUCCCUCUCCAGGGCAGCAAAACCUGCAGUAUAUGUGUCUUCCGGAAGAGAAAAGGGUCUGGAAUAUCUUAAAUGUGUCGUGUAUGGCUUCUAUCCAAACGUCAUUAAAAUACGCUGGACCCAAAAAGGAAGACCCAUCUAUUUUGGUGUAUCAACAACUGGAAUACUCCCUCACAAAGAUGGCACUUUCCAGAUGACCUCCUAUCUUAGCCUUAGGAACGUGAGCGCCCACGAUGUUACCUGUGAGACUGAACACUUAAGCAUUGAUGGGAAAUUGAAGACCACCUACGGGGAGAAAUCUUUGCUUCUGUCACAAAUCACAGAACAUAUACUUAAGGCAGUGGCUGCCUUUCUUCUUGCAUUUGCAUUCCCAGUGUGCAUAACUGUACUGUUUACAUGGAUAAAGAAACAAAAAACAAAACAACCCGAGGAUGACAUAAAAGACACAACUAGUGACGAAUCAGAAGCAUCUUUAUCUUUAAAUCCAAUGAAUAUUUCUCUGGAAACAUAAAAUAUUUAAGGCUAGUGUGACUCCAAACCAUAUUAUUAUUAUAUUUUGGCCACAGACAAAUACUUUUAUUUGCAUAUUUGUGUAGAAUUGAAUCUCAAGUGUAGUAUACACAAUGUCUGUAUCUCUAUAGGCAAUAAAAAUAUAUGCAAGAGAUUU